CAGUGAGAACUCUCCCCAUGAAAAGCCCCUCCCGCCUCCUCCCGAGAACAAGCGCCUCCUUGUACCGUUUUGUACGUGUUUAUUCCAUGAUGGCGUCAGGCCUCUGCUUUGCUGCGUGGGUCCUGCUCCUGGCUGUAUUUACGCACUUCGUGUCGCAAUGGGCGUGUUCAGCCUCUUCCCAUCAACACGGGAACGCGCGCGACGGCUUAUCGCGGAGCAAAAGGUCCGCGUGCGUGGACGGCACCUACGUGAUUAACGGAAGGACCUGCUGCAGAUGUGCUGCGGGUCAGUACCGGUCGAGCCAUUGCAGCGACGUACCAAAUGAUACGAAGUGCACAUACUGUGAGAGAGGAACAUACAACAGUGAACCGAACAGCGACGCAUCGUGCCAGCCCUGUAGAUCAUGUGAUCAUCAACAUGCCGGUCUAGAGGUGGAUGAACCCUGCACCUCUGCCAGCAACACUAAAUGUAGAUGUGCAGCCGAUCACUACUGUGAUUCAGGCGACUGCAAAGUCUGCCAGCCUUGUCGCCAAUGUGGUAGUGAAGGCGUCCAAAGCCCCUGUACACCCACACUAAACACUGUCUGCAAAGGUGAAUUAGGAGAUCUCGCAGGAGUAAUAGCCGGCUCUGUUGUGGGAAUACUUCUGGCUGCUGCAUUAGCAGUAACAGGUUUUCUAUUAUGGAGAAACAAGAAACGGAAUAAUCGGAGCCUUCCCGUUUCAGUCAAGCCUGAGGAGGAGCUGCCUCUGAUUGAUCUCUAUCCUCACCUGCCUGACAUUGCAGACACAAUUGGAUGGAAGGAAAUGGAGCGUUUAGCAAUGCGUAGUGGCAUACCAAAAAACGAUAUAGAGUCUUGUAAAUUAAAUCGCCCUAAUGAUGUUCAGUCGCAGACGCUAGAAUUACUAAAAAUCUGGACAGAAAAAAAUGGAAGGGAAGCCUCUAGGAAGCUGAUCCAAAUGCUAAAUAACAACAAUAUGAGAGACAAAUCAGAGGCUGUUAAAAGCAUAUUGAGAAAAGAAAUCGCUGCAGCAUCGAACCACUCUGUGUGAAUACAUCAUGUAUAGAUAAUGAAUUGUUAUUUUUACCCAGCUGUGACAUGGCACUUGAAUUGCAGAGUCAAACUUCACCUGUUGGACAUGUGGUCUCAGAUUUGCCUCUAGAGGUUUGGAAGACUGCUCUAAUUUUAUUGUCAUCUGUCAUCUGUGGUUGUCGUUUGUUGCUCCAGCAUGCAACAUAUGUUUUGGGACCUCGUAAGCUUUACGCAGCUUUUAGGCUUUUGUUACAUUUACGGUGAGAAUGUCAUGUUUCUCCUUUGCAGUUGCAGGCUAUUGUAUGUAGAGUGCAAAGGAAGGCUCUGAAUUCUUCCGCAAGUGGCUGUAAAUAAGUAUAAAUAAGUGUUUUUCUGGCUUUAUUGAAUCUGGAUGCUAUAAAAUGGAUUAGAAUAGAACAAAAUAAGAUUACAAUUACUCUUUUUUUUACCUACAGUACAUUGAUGUGUUAUGCGAUGUGAUCAUGUGUUAUUUGUACUAACGUUGCAAUUGGUCUUACAAAUCUUAAAUUAAAAUACAGCAUGUAUGUA